AGCUACAUUGAACCGUAGCAGAGGACUUGUCUUUCCAAGCGAUUUGUCCCUGACCGACAGGAAUCUGCCCCGACCCUAAGAAGAGAUCAUUGGACCUGUGCCUUCCUGUCGUGGGAAUUUUUUGAUUUUUAAUUAAUCGGUGAAGCCAGACAUCACCAUGCCUCGUUCUUUUUUAGUCAAGAAGUAUUUUUCCAGUAAAAAACCCUACUACAGGGAGAGUCAUCUUGAGAGCCAAACAGCUUUUGUCCCAGAAAGCUUUCCAAGGGCUGAACUUCCAAUGCAGAACAACAGCUACGCCCUCACCUGCUACCCCACCAUCCCCUUCUUCAGCAGCAUGGACUCCCUGCCUGCCCCUCUGUCCCCCAUCACCCCUGGUUCUCUGGCCCUUUCACCACUUGGCCCUCUGGACCUCAGCAGCUCUCCCUCUAGCAGCAGCAGCAGCAGUGAGGAGGAGGAGGAUGGCGGGCGCACGUCAGAUCCUCCCAGCCCUGACAUCAUCCAGCACAUCUUCCACUGUCUGCACUGCAGUAAGAGUUACACCAGCCUCUCUGCACUGUCCCACCAUCAGACCCACUGUUCUCCACAGCAGCAAACGCCCUCUCUGCCCACUGUGGUCUCUACACGGCCGGCUUUCCACUGCAAACACUGCCCCAAGGAGUACACCAGCCUGGGAGCCCUGAAAAUGCACAUUCGCUCGCACACUCUGCCCUGCGUGUGCCUCACCUGCGGCAAGGCCUUCUCCAGACCGUGGCUUCUUAGAGGACACAUUCGCACACACACAGGUGAGCGCCCCUUCUCUUGUCAACACUGUAACCGGGCCUUUGCUGAUCGCUCCAACCUGCGUGCUCACCUGCAGACCCACUCAGAGGUGAAGAAGUACCAGUGUGGCUCCUGCUCGCGGACCUUCAGUCGCAUGUCCCUGCUGCACAAACACACCGCCUCAGGGUGCUGCCCGGCCUCAUAGACUCCCACCCUGAACUGUUCCCAUGAGCCAUUUGAAACUUUUGAUUCCCCCCUGAUUACAGCCAAUAAGGACAGAGGACUUUAAAGCCAUGAUGGAGGACUGUUGCUUUUUAUAAAAAAUACUUAUCAAGUGCCUUUUUCAGGACAAUGUAGGUAGAUUUUUUUUUUUAAUGUCAUGUUGGAAUCUGCAGCUUGUCAGUACUGUGUUCCGUUUAACUGUGUGUGAUUUGAGGGCAGCUGGACAUGCAGUUAAUUCCCAGGAAACUCAGUUGGUGCCGGCCGGUCCGGGACUCUGGCCAUGUUGCAGCUGCCGGGGUGUGUUUGUGUGUAUGCAGGGAUGUCAUUCCUCACCAUACUAUACAUACAUUGUGUGUGUGUGUGUGUGUGUAUAUGAGCAAGUGUGUGUGUUGAGACAGCUGUCUGUGUAUGGUGUACUGUGGAGGCCGGGCGCUGAGAGAAGUGUUAGCUGUGACCUCGACGACAGGUGACUGUCCACUCGCCCCUCCCAACACCACAAACACUUUCCACACACUCAUUGUGUUUAAUGGGAUGUGAAAGGACCACUUAAACUUGACCAAAAAACACAACUGGGUUAUUGUCAUUUUAAAGUCUAUGAUCUUUUUUUAUUUAGACACAUGUUUCUUGAAUGAUUUGACCUACUGUUUUUAUCAACUAUUUUCUUCAACAUGCAAAAUGUUAAUACUGUGCCUUUUUCUGCCACAUGUAAAUAAAAGCUUUGUUUAAAAAAAAAAAACCUGCUGUGGACGUACUG